CAGGGAGGGAGGGAUGCAGGCGGGAGGAUAAAGCGAUGAAGUGCGCUGCGUUGCCGCUCAGCAGGCGCCGAGGUGGGAGCCGCAACACGGUGCGUCUCUGACCCAGCCGGGCCCCUCCUCGCUCGCACACUCCCCGAGCCGCCGCGCGCUGCUCCUCCGUGGCAGCCGCUCCUUGAAGACUCUCGGCAGCCGGCAGACCUCGGAGAAAGCCGGUUGUCGCCCGGGUCCCACCAGUGGGUCCCAGGUGCCCGGUGCCUAUGCAGGGCACGUGCGCCCGCCGGCUCCAACCUGCGCGCUGACGGGAGCAUGAUCUGUACCCAGGCUGGGGCUGCCAAGGAAUUGAUGCGUGUACACGUGGUGGGUCAUUAUGCUGCUGCACCUGUGUAGUGUGAAGAAUCUGUACCAGAACAGGUUUUUGGGCCUGGCUGCCAUGGCGUCACCAUCCAGAAACUCCCAGAGCCGACGCCGGUGCAAGGAGCCGCUCCGCUACAGCUACAACCCCGACCAGUUUCACAACGUGGACAUCAGGGGCGGUCCCCACGAUGGGGUAAGCAUCCCCCGCUCCACGAGUGACACGGACCUGGUCACCUCAGACAGCCGCUCCACUCUCAUGGUCAGCAGCUCCUACUACUCCAUAGGACACUCGCAGGACCUGGUGAUCCACUGGGACAUCAAGGAGGAAGUGGAUGCUGGGGACUGGAUUGGCAUGUACCUCAUUGAUGAGGUCUUAUCUGAAAACUUUCUGGACUACAAGAACCGUGGAGUCAAUGGUUCUCACCGGGGCCAGAUCAUCUGGAAGAUUGAUGCCAGCUCAUACUUCGUGGAACCUGAAACUAAGAUCUGCUUCAAAUACUACCAUGGUGUCAGUGGAGCCCUGCGAGCUACCACCCCCAGUGUCACGGUCAAAAACUCCGCGGCCCCUAUUUUUAAGAACAUUGGCUCCGAGGAGGCCGCCCAAGGUCAAGGCAGUCGGAGGCUGAUCAGCUUUUCCCUGUCAGAUUUCCAGGCCGUGGGGUUGAAGAAAGGCAUGUUCUUCAACCCAGACCCUUACCUGAAGAUAUCGAUUCAGCCUGGGAAGCACAGCAUCUUCCCCGCCCUCCCUCACCACGGACAGGAAAGGAGAUCCAAGAUCGUGGGCAACACUGUGAACCCCGUGUGGCAGGCCGAGCAAUUCAGUUUUGUGUCCUUGCCCACUGAUGUGCUAGAAAUUGAGGUGAAGGAUAAGUUUGCCAAGAGUCGCCCUAUCAUCAAACGCUUCUUGGGAAAGCUGUCGAUGCCUGUUCAGAGACUGCUGGAGAGACACGCCAUAGGGGAUAGGGUGGUCAGCUACACACUUGGCCGCAGGCUUCCAACAGAUCAUGUGAGUGGACAGCUGCAGUUCCGAUUUGAAAUCACUUCCUCCAUCCACCCAGAUGAUGAGGAGAUGUCCAUGAGCACCGAGCCUGAGUCGACAGGAAGUCAGGACAACCCCAUGAACCACCUGAUGGGAAGCAGUCAUGGGGACACUGUGUGUGACACCCCAGAGCCAGGGGAGAGCUCCAAGCCCGAGCUGCCGGGUGAGGGCAGCAUCGUGGACGAUUCUGGGAGCCUGGAACAGGCCGGGCCCAUUGAGGAAGUAGCAGGUGCCCCAGAGGCGGGAGAGGGUGUAGUGGAGUCUGUGGAACCUGAAGAGGCUGGGGAGCUCCUGGCAGUGGGGCCAGAGGACAGCCAGCCCGGCCCGAGUGCAGAGGAACUGGCCGAGCGGCUGGACCUGGGGGACGAGGCGCCUCUGCUGCUGCUGCUGGAAGAUGGUGACCCUCAGGGAGGCGCAGAGGAACCCGGGGCGCUAGAAGUGCAGACAGAGAGCUUGGCUGGAGGCAGGGAGGAGGAAAAGGGCAUCCAAGAGGGGAAGGAGGAGGAAGAGGAGGAGGAGGGGAAUGUGUCUACAUUACAGCGGAGUGAGAGCAGGCGGCAGCUGCGGGGUUCAGGGAAGAGGAAAAACCGGCCAUGUUCGCUGCCGGUGUCGGAGCUGGAAACGGUGAUCGCGUCGGCCUGUGGGGACCCCGAAACGCCGCGGACACACUACAUCCGCAUCCACACCUUGUUGCACAGCCUGCCCUCCGCACAGGCCGGGGGCACAGCCGAGGACGAGGAUGGCGCCGAGGAGGAGUCCACGCUCAAGGACUCCUCUGAGAAGGAUGGGUUCAGCGAGAUGGACACGGUGGCCACCGAACUGCCCGCCAUGGACGACCACAGACAAGGUCGUCGGGGCGCUCCACCGGCCACCCAGUCCGCCAGCCACUCCAGUGAGCCAUCGCCGGGUAUGACCAACGGCGCCUUGCUGGACGGCGACAUGCACCCGAGCACGGGCAGCGAGAGUGACUCGAGCCCGCGGCAGGGCGGUGAGCACAGCUGUGAGGGCUGCGACGCAUCGUGCUGCAGCCCCUCGUGCUACAGCUCGUCUUGCUACAGCACAUCUUGCUACAGCAGCUCCUGCCACAGUGCCUCUUGCUACCCCGGCGGCAGCAGGUUCGCCAGCCACACGCGCUUCUCCUCCGUGGACAGCGCCAAGAUGUCCGAGAGCACCGUCUUCUCCUCGCAGGACGACGACGACGAGGAGAACAGCGCCUUCGAGUCGGUGCCCGACUCAGUGCAGAGCCCCGAGCUGGACCUGGAGUCGGCCAACGGUGUGGGGCCCUGGCACGACGAGCUUUCUGGCGGCCCUGGCGGCGGGACCGCGGCCAGAACCGCUGAAGGCCUGGAGUCACCUGUGGCAGGGCCGAGCCAUCGCAGAGAAGAUUGGGAAGCUCGAAUUGACAGCCACGGGCGGGUCUUUUAUGUGGACCACGUGAACCGCACGACCACCUGGCAGCGUCCGACAGCAGCCGCCACUCCGGAUGGGAUGCGGCGAUCAGGAUCCAUCCAGCAGAUGGAGCAACUCAACAGGCGGUAUCAAAAUAUUCAGCGAACCAUUGCAACAGAGAGGCCUGAAGAAGAUUCUGGCAGCCAAAGCUGUGAACAAGUGCCAGCAGGAGGUGGAGGGAGUGAUUCAGAGGCCGAAUCAUGCCAGUCCAGCCUAGAUCUCAGGAGAGAAGGCUCGCUUUCUCCGGUGAACUCACAAAAAAUCACCUUGCUGCUCCAGUCCCCAGCGGUCAAGUUCAUCACCAACCCUGAGUUCUUCACCGUGCUGCAUGCCAAUUAUAGUGCCUACCGCGCCUUCACCAGUAGCACCUGCUUAAAGCACAUGAUUCUCAAAGUCCGCCGGGAUGCCCGCAACUUCGAACGCUACCAGCACAAUCGGGACUUGGUGAAUUUCAUCAACAUGUUCGCAGACACUCGACUGGAACUGCCCCGAGGCUGGGAGAUCAAGACAGACCAGCAAGGAAAGUCUUUUUUUGUGGACCACAAUAGUCGAGCAACCACGUUCAUCGACCCCCGAAUCCCUCUCCAGAACGGUCGCCUUCCCAAUCAUCUGACUCACCGACAGCAUCUCCAAAGACUCCGGAGCUACAGUGCUGGAGAGGCCUCUGAAGUCUCCAGAAACAGAGGCGCCUCUUUACUGGCCCGGCCAGGACACAGCCUGGUAGCUGCUAUUCGCAGCCAGCAUCAACAUGAAUCAUUGCCACUGGCAUAUAAUGACAAGAUUGUGGCAUUUCUUCGCCAGCCAAACAUUUUUGAAAUGCUGCAAGAGCGUCAGCCAAGUUUGGCAAGAAAGCACGCACUCAGGGAGAAAAUCCAUUACAUUCGGACAGAGGGUAAUCAUGGGCUUGAAAAAUUGUCCUGUGAUGCGGAUCUCGUUAUCCUACUAAGUCUCUUUGAAGAAGAGAUUAUGUCCUACGUCCCACUGCAGGCUGCCUUCCACCCUGGGUAUAGCUUCUCCCCCCGCUGUUCACCCUGCUCCUCACCUCAGAACUCGCCAGGUUUGCAGAGAGCCAGCGCAAGGGCCCCUUCACCGUACCGGAGAGACUUCGAGGCCAAGCUCCGCAAUUUCUACCGAAAACUCGAAGCCAAAGGAUUUGGUCAGGGUCCAGGGAAAAUUAAGCUCAUUAUCCGCCGAGACCAUCUGUUGGAGGGAACUUUCAAUCAGGUGAUGGCCUAUUCCAGGAAGGAGCUCCAGAGAAACAAGCUCUACGUCACCUUUGUUGGCGAGGAGGGACUAGACUACAGUGGCCCUUCUCGAGAGUUCUUCUUCCUGUUGUCUCAGGAGCUCUUCAACCCCUACUACGGACUCUUUGAGUACUCUGCAAAUGACACUUACACAGUCCAGAUCAGCCCCAUGUCUGCAUUUGUGGAGAAUCACCUUGAAUGGUUCAGGUUCAGCGGGCGCAUCCUAGGCUUGGCUCUGAUCCAUCAGUACCUUCUGGACGCCUUCUUCACAAGGCCGUUCUACAAGGCGCUGCUGAGACUGCCUUGUGACUUGAGUGAUCUGGAAUAUCUGGAUGAGGAAUUCCAUCAGAGCUUGCAGUGGAUGAAGGACAACAAUAUCACAGAUAUCCUAGACCUCACCUUCACUGUUAAUGAAGAGGUUUUUGGACAGGUCACGGAGAGAGAGCUGAAGUCAGGAGGUGCCAACACGCAGGUGACAGAGAAGAACAAAAAAGAGUAUAUCGAGAGGAUGGUGAAGUGGCGGGUGGAGCGUGGCGUGGUGCAGCAGACCGAGGCACUGGUGCGGGGCUUCUAUGAGGUUGUGGACUCAAGGCUCGUGUCUGUGUUCGAUGCCAGGGAAUUGGAGCUGGUGAUAGCUGGCACCGCAGAAAUUGACCUAAAUGACUGGCGGAAUAACACUGAGUACCGAGGAGGUUAUCACGAUGGACAUCUUGUGAUCCGCUGGUUCUGGGCAGCAGUAGAGCGCUUCAAUAACGAGCAAAGGCUAAGAUUACUUCAGUUUGUCACAGGAACAUCAAGCGUGCCCUACGAAGGCUUUGCAGCCCUCCGAGGAAGCAAUGGGCUCCGGCGUUUCUGCAUAGAGAAGUGGGGGAAAAUUACAUCUCUCCCCAGGGCACACACAUGCUUCAACCGAUUGGAUCUUCCACCAUACCCUUCGUACUCCAUGUUGUAUGAAAAGCUGUUGACGGCAGUGGAAGAAACCAGCACCUUUGGACUGGAGUGAGGAAACACAGCCUCGCCUAAUGACUUCCCUGCCAGCAGUCACAUCACCUGUUCUGAGAUAAUGUCCCAUCCUCCUCUCCCUUAAUCAACUCUCCUUUGUUUGUUUGUUUUUGGUAUUCCAUGAUUUUUAUUUCCAAACCAAAUCAGGAUUGACAAAAGCUGUGCAUGAGGGACUGCCUUCUGCUAAGAUCUAACCUUCAGGCUUAUCUCUUCUGUUUUCAAUGAACUGCUAGCCUGUAUGCAAUAUUUAAAAACAGCUGUCUCAAGGUCUGUGUAUAACUCCACAUACCUCCAUUACCAACAAUGAAAUAUGAAUGCAAGUUAUGCUACAUCUGACCAAAUGGUAAUUAAUGUUUACUUCCAUUUGUAUCAUUUAAGGGGAAAUUUGAGCAUUAAGUAUUCCGAGCUUUUAUACACCCAUUUCUUCUGAGCAGAGUCACCAUUUUUUGUAAUUUCCAACAACCAGCUCCAGAACUCGGCACCUGCUCCACACUUUGCUUUCUUCCCACACUCCUUCCUGUGCGUACCAUCCAUCCAAGGGACAGCAGCGGCAAAGCUGAAGUUUUUAUACAUUCAACUCAUGAUCACGCAUGACAUCCGUCUCAUCAGCUGGAACUAGCCUAGACGUAUGGUGCAAAUACGACACUUCUCACAGUUAACAAUAGCAAGAAGGACACCUGCUGCUGCCAUACAGUCCAAUGAUCGUGGGGAUUCCAGGCUCAACCUGAGUUCGGAGAAGUCUAAGAGGGGGCACACCCCUUCAGAAUAUUCACCACACAAGAAGCACAAACAGGUGCACAUGGCCAAGAAGGAAACCUCGGCUGACACGGUCGGAAGGACCAGGCCUCAACUCCUGUGGUGUUGCAGAGGAUGUGGUAAAGCCAAUGGCAGUGAGGAAGGAAGGAUGUCGGUCUCUGCACUGUUUUGUUUUUGACAGUCUAGUGACAGUUUUUCUUCACAAAAGAAAAAAAAAAUGUAUAGAUAAUUUCAUGACUUUUGUUAAAGUCGCAUUCUACUUGCUUGACAAACUUUAUUUUCAACUUUGAUGUUGAUCUUUAUUGUGUCUUCUUCUUUUUUUUUUCUUUUUCCUCCAAUCCUGGUGUUUAAGUUCCUUCCCAUCUGAUUGUCCUGGGACCGCACUGACAUGAGAUUAGAGAGUGAUGGUGCUUGUUGGGGAUCAAGGGCAAUAGAUCAUUUCUCCUUCCUCCAGACCAAUCUUCCUGGGGAAGAAACGCAGCACCCCAAAGGCACAUUGGUUUGUGUCAAAAUAUUCAUUUUCUCUUAGUAUUAAGUAAUAUACAUAUAUAUAUGUAUAUAUAUCUUGGAAAAUUUUGUGUUCUCAGAAACACAAUUGCAGGCUCCAAAGACAGCUUAACAUCUCAGUUACAUUUCAAAUAAACCCAAUCAUAACAGUCAUUUGCUAUUUUUGUAGUCUUGUUAUCCAUGUUGUCUGAAUUAUGUCAUAAAUGAAAGUGUUUUUCUUCACUGGGAAAAGAGCUGAAGAGACUCCAGCAUUUACAUUUCACAUUGUUGUUUUCAAUGUAUUAAAACAAGGGGAACGUGUAAGAAAUGUAAGGCAAGGUUUACCUGCUCUGAGGCUCAUAAGACCAGUUUGUCUCUGGACAGUGCGUUCUUUGGGCUCCUUUCACUCUGAAAACAUCUUCUGACUCAGAAUUAUUUGCAAAGCGCAGCACCCUUGUACUGCAAAGCACCCAUUGUCAACCAGGGAGUGUGUAUGGCAGAAAUUUAGCCUUCUAUUAUUGUUAUGGAGAACUAUUUACCAAGAUGGAAUGGAAUAUGUAGGUUAUAUGCUGCAGAAAUUGAGGGAUUGGCAAAAUUCAGGACACCGCUGAACAUUUGGAAAGUAAUAGAUUCCAAUGGAUGUGUUCUUUCUUUAUAAAAUCAUAAUGCAAGCAUUCCGUGAAUAAUUUAACUCUUUGAACAACAUCCUGAGUAUGGAAGGCCGCUUUCGUCUUCAGAAUUUGAAUACUCAUUUUUAUCAAGCAUUCAAUUGUUUUCUUAGUGCUCUUGUUUUGGUACACAUUACAAACGAGGUAGCCUGCUCCUGGAAAGAUUUACAAAUGAUAUGAAUGUCUAUUAAUAAUAUAUUUUCUGCCAUAGAAAGGAGGAGUGUGGUGUCUUACAAAUUCUAUAUAGAUCAGUAACCUGGGAUAAAUGUAUUUUCAUCCAAGUUGUCCUUAUUUGGCAACAGCACCAAGGCUAUGGCUCCAGAUGUAUCCAAGUAAGCCUAACCUGACCAGUGUUUCAGGACAGUGCAAAACUCCAUGAGGAAACACUGAUGUCAGUGACAACGAAAGAAUGUCAGGCCCGCUGCCCAGGGCCCCAGGAUGUGACUAUAACCUUGCCUAGAAUCCCAAAACAAGGGAAGCAAAGACAAGAGGAGCUCAGAAAACAAUAUGGAGAGAUUCUGGUGAUCUCACAUGUGAGUUACAUUUUAAAAUUAUUUUUCAUUUUAUAUAUAUAAUAUGUAGAUUUUAAAAUUCAUGUUUCAGUAUAUAUAAUGAAGUAGUUAUGGAGCUAAAUUAUUCCAUUAAUUUUACCAGGUGGAGGUAUGAACCGCCUUAUAUUAUAUAAUUCAACAGGAACAGGUAAGGCAGACCAGUUGGUUACCAUCGGCCAUCUAUUUUUAAUUUAAAACAUGAGUUUUUUGUGUGUGUAGGCAAAUUGCAAAACUACUCACUUAUAGGCCACAGUCAAUUAAACGUUUUUUUAGAGUUAGAUUUAGAGAGAGUAUAACGGCCUUAGAUAAGAACAAUACGUAAGAAAAAAUUUAUGCUAUAACUUAAAUAAGUACUUUUGAAAAUUACGAGAUAUCAGUAUUUUAAUGAAUGUUGCAAACAUUUUAUUCUCUAAUAUGAAGAUUAUCAAAAAUAGAAAUUGCAGAAAAAAGAGAAAUUGUCUAAAUCUGCUGAAUUCUUUAUAAUUUCCUAUGUCUGACAGUACUUCAAAAAAAAAAAGCUCAUGGAAAACAAUUGAAAGAUAAGUUUAUUUUGGUGCGAACAAAAAAAAAAAAAAACCUUUUUUGAAAUCCAUAAAUAGUUUUUCCUAACACACAUUUUCCAUGAACUUUUUGAGUACCUUGCUAUAUAAACUGGCAGAGACUGUGAAAGAUUUUUACUAUGAUCAUUAUUGUAGCACAAACACUGGGAGGAUGGUGAGAAAGUCAUCAAAGAGAGAAAGAUAUGACUUUUUGGAAAGUUUUAAAUGUGUGAGAUCCUAAUAUUUUUUUAAUAUGUGAUCACAUGUCCUUUAACAGUGAAUAUAUGUGUAUGGCGAAUCAGUGAGCUGAGUUUUCUAGAAUAGUUUUACAUCAAUUGCUCCAUCAGCCCAUAUGUCAAACCAUGUGUCCAAAAUUUGGGUUCAGAAAAUUUCUCAAUUGCCGCAAAUGUUUUCCCAGUCAAGACGAAACACUUUCAAAUGAAAGUAGUUAGAACUUUACAUAAAAAUGUGGUGCUUUAUUAUGAUUAUUAUUAAUCACAUAUUUCAGUGUUGAUUAUUAAAACGACUGCAAUACUAUAUCAUACCAGUCUGGGAUGGGUGUUCCAGCCAUCAUAAAGUCCGAAAGAGAAAGUGUUAUUUUCCUGUUAGUGACAUGUAGUCCCUUUGUUCUAGUGGAAAAAAGGUGCCUAGAGGUAGUGUGUAGCGUAACUGUUGUUCCAUUAGCCUACUUCCUGCAGCUUCCUAUUUAUCUAAGGAAAUGUCGAAAACAAUUUUGUUCAAAAGUCUUUGUUAUAGUCAGUAGCAGGAGAAGUCCACAUUAUUGGGCUGAUUUUGCUUACAUCAACAAAAGAAAUGUCACGUGAAACUCAGGCCUCGCUUUCUCUUCCCGUCAUCCACCUUCAAGGAAUGUCAAUAAACUCACUUUGGUAUGG